AUGUCCACUUCAGCCUCGUCCAUACCCCAGGCGCUCUGGGCCGCUCAGGUCCCCUUGCACAUCACUCACCGGUCCGCGCCCUCUACACCCUUCAUCACAAGCGUCCCACGCUUCAGCUACCUGUCGCUUCUGCUGCCGCGCCUGUCGGCCUUCUUCGACGCACCCUGCUCCAGCUUUCACUUUGAGGAUGUGCAGCUAAGGAACCUGGCGGUGGGGUUGCUGGCCGACCUGUACGCGCCUAGCCUGCCGUGGCGGCUGGUGGUGGACGAUGGGGUUGCAUGGGAUAUUGGCGAUACAUUUCUGAAUAGCGUCAAGGAGGCCGACUUUGUUCGCUACGGCAACGCCAAUCAGAUCAUGAAGAUGUCCAAGGAACACACCACUCAGCUCUGGAACUCAGUCAUUGACAAUGACUACGCUGCGUUUUCCAAGAUACACACACGCCUGCUCAAUGCUCCAGCCACCCUCAAGCACGCCCCCAUGCGGGUGUACAUCCCCUCAACCCCCCCUGAUGCAGGCGGUGAUGGUUCCCCCUCUGCUCCCGCAGCCGACCGCAAGCCAAAGCUGCUGGGGCAGGCCCUCAAGGACCUGAUGCCCACGCUGUUUCCCAGCAGUCGAGACCCCGUGUUGGCGAGCGUGGUGCUUCACGGCGUGUCCGCUCCCUUUGACGCACCCUUGGGAGAAAUGAUGAGGGAAGCUGCAUAUCCUGAUGGGUGGCUUUGCUUUGUGGUUGUUGUUUAA